UCAGACUGUUUAUGAAAGUUGUGGACAUUUUGUACAUGGUGCAUUUACUGAUUAGGAUUUUAGGUUUUUAAAUCUAUUGAAAAGAAAUCCAAUAAAGUUUGUUCAAUAGACAACCUGUCUUUAAAAAUUACAGUUGGAUAAAAUUCAUCCUAUUUAAGUAGAUAUGAACUGGGCCUUUUGGGCUUUUUAAGUGCAUUAAGAUAACAUUUGUCGAGGAUUUGUGCUAUAUGAAUGUGACUGCAUUGAAUGAAAUCAGACGAUUAUCAAAACAAUAAUUCAUGAGUAGAAAAGGAGGCUUCAUGGACCCAGAGGAGGACCACAGAGAGAGGAAGAGGAAGUUCAAGCCAUCUCUCCCAUCAGUCAUAAUGUAUCAGAUCCCCAACUUCAACAUCUAAUCAGACAGACAUUUAAAGAAAAGCAGACAAAGUGGAUUAGCACAACUUGACAACAACAUAUGGUGUCAUCCAGGAUAUGUUACUGUGUAAUAUCGUCUCCUCAAUGGAGAAACGGAGCUGUUAACACGUCAUGACUGUUAUUCAGCAACAGUGUCUUCAGUCAGAGGCUUCUUCAGAUUUGCUGCAAGACUGACAGCUACCAGAGAUCCUUUCUGCCCAAAGCAUCACCACCACAACUCUCUGAAGAUGCUUGGAUGAUCAGAGUUAAGACAAUAUUUAAUUUUUCUUUUGGAUGAAUGAAAAAAUGUUUUAAUUGAAUUGAAACGGGUCAUAUUUAUUAGCCUUUAUCAAAGAAGCAGUUGGGGUCAAAAACGCUCCUUUCUAUAUUUUUUAAGUUGACUCCCGUUAGACUUGGCCUCAACUGAUGUGUCUGCGUAUAAUUAUAGGUGAUCCAUGUAACAUUACGUGAAAUGGAAAGUGUUUUAAUUUAUAAUUCAGAUCAAGCUUUUAUUUUGAAGGCCAGUAUGAUCUGAAAUCCAACGGAAGUGAUUGCCUCCUAGCAACAUGACCUCCGUCAUCAACGUUUCGUUUACCCUCUUUUAAUAAGUGAAAAUCGCAAUUUAGUAGUCUUUCGAUUAUAAUAUAUACAUUUCACAGUAUUCAAACUUUUUCACCGCUGAUAUGAGAGAUUUUUAGUGUUAAUUUUCCUCCCGGAAGUACUGGAAGCGUCGAGUGUUAGCUUAGCAUGUUAGCCGGAAACGGACGGAUUAUUUUCUGAAGGAGUUUAAGGAAAGUUUUAACUUAGAUUGUGUGAAACCCUCUGAAGGUCUCGAGAUUGAAGAAAACACAGAAGAGAUGGAGGAACCGACCCAGCGUGAGGAGACAGACUUUAAGUGUGAAGAUGUCCAGCAGAUGAUGGAGACUAAAGAGGAGGAGAACUGGAGUCAGGACCAGGAGGACCCAAAACCUCCACAGAUUAAAGAGGAGCAGGAGGAGAAUGAAAUCACUCAGUCGACGUUUGGUCCUGUUCCUGUGAAGAGUGAAGAAGAUGAAGAGAAACCUCAGCUCUCAGAGCUUCAUCACAGCCAAAAUGAGAAAAACAGACACUCUGUGAAACCAGAACCAAAUGAACGUUUCAAAUCAGACGACAGAGAUUCAGAUUCCUCUGAGACGGAUGUAAGCGAUGGAAACUGGGAGGAGAGCAGUGAAGCUCAGUCAGGUUUGGGGUCUGGGUCAAAUAAAACACUUGGUGCUUCUGGGAAGACUAAAGAUGAUGAAGAGGAAGAGCUUCAUCACAGCCAAACUGUGAAGAACAAAAACUCUGUGGAACCAAAUGAAUGUUCAAAAUCAGAUGAUGAAGAUGAAACUUCUGAUUCUUCUUCAGUGUCUUCAGAGACGAAUGCCAGUGAUGGAAACUGGGAGGAGAGCGGUGAAGCUCAGUCAGGUUUAAACUCCACGACCAACAGGGAGUCCUCUGGUCGUUUCAGCUGCUCUGAAUGUAGUAAAACCUUCACUCGCAGACAGUAUUUAUCAGAACACCAGAGAAUCCACACAGGAGUGAAACCCUUCAGCUGCUCCGUCUGCAGCAGAGCUUUUAGAUGGAAAAAUGGAUUAGUGCGACACAUGAAGUCCCACAGUGGAGAAAAACCUUUUAGCUGCUCAGACUGCGACAAAACCUUUUCUUCUAAGAAGAAUUUGAUGGAACACACAAAGGUUCACUCAGGGGAAAAACCUUUCACCUGCUCUGUCUGUAAUGCAUCUUUUAAGAGAGCACACACCUUAAAGGAGCACAAAACAACCCACACUGGAGAGAAACCUUACAAGUGCUCGAUCUGCAACCAAAGCUUCAGGUACCGGUCCUAUCUAAUCGUUCACGUCAGAAAUCACAAAGAAGAAAAACCAUUCAGCUGUCCCACCUGUAAAGCAACGUUCAAACGGAAACUCACUUUAGAGGAACACAUCAGAACCCACACUGGAGAGAAACCUUACAGCUGCACGCUGUGCAGUAACAGCUAUGUCCGCUACAUAAGCCUGUCUCGUCACAUGAGGACACACACAGGAGAGAAACCGUACAGCUGCUCCACCUGUCAGGCCACGUUCAGAUGGAGACAAGCGUUUGUGGCCCACACAAAGAUCCAUCCACUCUACACAGAUAGUAUUACAGAGCGCAGCGAGUCAGAGACUGAUGGACAACAGACUGUUUCUGAAGGAGUUUACGGAAAGAAUAGUUUCUGCUGUGAUUGUGUGAAAACCUCAGCUUUGGAUAAAAUACGACUCACAGAGAUGGAGGAAACGACAGACAGUCAGCAGAUGGACUCUGACUGUGAUGAUGUCCAGAAGGUGGUGGUGAUCAAAGAGGAGCUUUCUGCUGAGGAGGAGAUCUGGAGUCCCGGACUGGAUCAGGAGGAAAAGAAGCCUCCGCAGAUUAAAGAGGAGCGUGACGAGAACGAGAUUAUAAAGUUUAUAUUCAAUCCUCUCACUGUGAAGAGUGAAGAUGAAGAGAAACCGCUGCUCUUAGAGCUUCAUCACAACCAAACUGAGGAGAACAGAGACUCUGUUGGACCAGAACCAAAACAAUAUGUAGAAUCAGAUGUUGAAGAUAAAAAUGUAGGUUUGUCUUCAGAUUCCUCAGAGAUGGACAUCAGUGAUGAAAACUGGGAGAAAAGCAGUGAAACUCAGUCAGGUUUUGGAUCUGGGAAAAUUAAAAAAGUUCUCUUUGGUGAAAGAGGUUUUAGUCCUGGUCCUCUGGAGAGUGAAGAUGAUGAAGAGAAAGCUCAGCUCACAGUGCUUAAUCAUGACAAAACUGAGGAGAACAGAGACUCUGUAGAACCAGAUGAAUGUUUAGAAUCAGAUCCUGAAGACAAAAUUUCUGCUUCAGAGACAGACGUCAGUGAUGGAAACUGGGAGGAGAGUAUUCAAACUCAAUCAGUGACCAACAGGGAGUCCUCUGGUCGUUUCAGCUGCUCUGAAUGUAGUAAAACCUUCACUCGCAGACGAUAUUUAUCAGAACACCAGAGAAUCCACACAGGAGUGAAACCCUUCAGCUGCUCCAUCUGCAGCAGAGCUUUUAGAUGGAAAAAUGGAUUAGUCCGACACAUGAAGUCCCACAGUGGAGAAAAACCUUUUAGCUGCUCAGACUGCGACAAAACUUUUUCUUCUAAGAAGAAUUUGAUGGAACACACAAAGGUUCACUCAGGGGAAAAACCUUACACUUGUUCCAUCUGCAACACAUCUUUUAAGAGAGCACACACCUUGAAAGACCACAUCAGAACGCACACUGGAGAGAGACCCCACAAGUGCUCAAUCUGCAACCAAAGCUUCAGGUACCGGUCCUAUCUAGUUGUUCAUAUAAGAGGUCACGCAGAAGAAAAACCGUUCAGCUGUCCCACCUGUAAAGCAACGUUCAAACGGAAACUCACUUUAGAGGAACACAUCAGAACCCACACUGGAGAGAAACCUUACAGCUGCUCACUGUGCAGUAAAAGCUACGUCCGCUAUAUAAGCCUGUCUCGUCACAUGAGGUGUCACACAGGAGAGAAACCGUACAGCUGCUCCACCUGUCAGGCCACGUUCAGAUGGAGACAUGCCUUCGUGAAUCACACAAAGAUCCAUCCAGCGAUAUAAUCUCUCAGCUGCAAAGCUUCAGUUGGUCUCUAACAUUGGGGAGGAGAAAAACAAAGAACACUUUCCAGCUGGUCUGUUAGUAAAACAGCAUUUCAAAGAACCUAAACUCUGUAGGAUGACAUUGAAAGUAAAUAUAAAGAGAAGUUGUUCAACUUUAACAUUUUUUGUACAUAAACCUAGUUGUAACAUUAUAGUUGUAUUGCAAUUAAUUAAAUUGUUAUGAACUUAAUGUAACUCUUAAAAUUAUUGUGAACUGGCGCCACUUAAAUAAACUGAAUUGUUCUUAUAGUUCUGCAGCUAACGAAAGUCUGCUGAGAUGUUUGGAGAUCUUCCAGGGAUCAAACUCAUAUUACUUAGUAAAAAUCACUGAUGCAGAAGGGAAAAACACAUCUACUAUAUGUGUCAUGUCUGACUUAGCUGUAUGUAUUAAAUAUAUAGCCUACAAUAAACAUUUGUGUUCU